CGAGCGAGCAGCGGGGAGAUGAACCCUGAGCACGGGAGGGGGCGGCGAGCUCGGCCCCAGGAGGACUGCCGAGGAGACCCUUUCCCCUUUCCCCUCGUUGCCAUGGCAAAACAAGCAGCUGUCAUUAAUAACCGAUUGCCAUGGCAACCGCUGGACGAGCGCGGCGGUUCUCCGGGGGUCUGCGUGUGCUUCGGCAAGAACCCCCCAUUCUGGCAUAGGCCCGCACGGCUCAGGGCUGGAAGCGGCUCUGCGGUACGGCUCGACGGUACCCCGCACGCACGCACCCAGCCAGGGCCGUGCCAGUCCCCCUGGGGACGGACCGGUGGGGAGGCGGAACGGUGCCCCGCACUGCGGGCGCUGCUCGCGAGCUUUAGCCGUGGGACGGGCCGGCACGGCCGCUCCAGGGAUGCCGUCGUUCCCCGGGCGCGGCAGCGAGCGUCGGGCCGAGCGGAGCCCCCCGGCCGCAACUCGCGGGGCGGCACAGACGGCGCAAAUGCACCGAGGGGCUCCGGGAGCAGCGGCGCUCCCCUCUGCCAGCAGCCCCGGGACGCGCUGCGGCUGGACGAGCCUUGCGGGGACGGCCCCGGCGUGUGGGCUGCCGGUGCGUGGGACGGCCGUGCCCUCCUGGCUGUGGCCAGCUGCCCGGUGGGAGCGGGGCCCGCCUGCGGAAGCUCACGGCACCGGGUGCCGCGGGCGGGGCUCUGCCUGCUCCCUCUUCCCGGUUCGGGUCCCGCCGGGGUGGGACGGCGGGCUCGGCGGAAGGCACCCGCGCUCGGUUCGCCCGUCGCCCCGUGCGUGUCGCCGGGAGCCCCGCGGGUCGGGGCGGGGCGGUGCCGGGCCGGGGGCGGAGCCGCGCCGUGCCGAGCGCGCCGAGCGCGCCGCUGA